CAAAUCGCACCGCGGGUUCCCGAGAAGUUAUUCCCGACGAGCACAACGGCGAUUCCCGACACGCUCGGAAAUCGGCCGCUGAAGAAGGCCCAGACUUUUUUUCUCCCUCCCGUUGGCUUUACGUAUAAAGAACGCCCCAUUGCCCACCCACCGACCCCGUGUCCAGAAACCGAACCUUUCUUUGAAAUGCUUGAGUUGAGCGUUCUUUGUUAAAACCCCCGGUACCGUCUUUUCACUCGUUUCAACUCGUUUGCUAGACUGGACUGCACUGGAAUUUUCACAACCGCCCUCAUCAUGAUCGUCAAACUCUCCACCCCCUACAGCUUCCUGGAUGACUACAGCGAAGGCGCGCACCCGCGCCUGCUGGAGGCGCUGAUACGCAAUAACAACACUCAGCAAACUAGCUACGGCACUGACGACUACAGCGCGGAGGCACGACACAUCCUGCACACGCAGCACCUGCACACGACACCGGAGGAGGUAGCGAUCCACUUCGUGCCGAGCGGGACGGCGGCGAACCUGAUCUCGAUCGCCAGCUGUCUGCGGCCGUACGAGGCGGUCGUCGCGGUGGACACGGGGCACAUCAGCUGCAAGGAGGCCGGGGCGAUCGAGGCAACAGGCCACAAGAUCAUCGGGGUACCGCACGCGCGCGGCAAGAUGACACCGACCAACCUGGAGCACACGCUGGACCGCAACCAAUUCUUCCCACACAUGGCCAAGCCGCGCCUGGUGUACAUCUCCAACGCCACCGAGCUGGGCACCGUGUACACGCGCGCCGAGCUGCAGGCGCUGUCGGCCGUGUGUCGGCGGCGUGAGCUGUUGUUGCUCGUCGACGGCGCCCGUCUCGGCGUCGCCCUCGCCGCCAACGACGACCUCACCCUCCGCGACCUCGUCGAUCUGACCGAUAUCUUCUGGAUCGGCGGCACCAAGAUGGGCGCCCUGCUCGGCGAGGCCAUCGUCGUGCGCCGCGCCAUUGCUGAGGGCUUUGAGUUCCACGUCAAGCAGCACGGCGCCCUACUGGCCAAGUCGCGCGUCAUGGGCGUGCAGUUCGCGGAACUGUUUCGGGAUGGGUUGUUCUUCGAGCUGGCCCGCCACGCCAACGAGAUGGCCCGUCGUCUAGCUGAGAAUUUCGUGCAGAUGGGCUUCGCUCUUGACGCCGAGACGGAGACGAAUCAGGUGUUUGUGCUCGUUCCCGACGACCUCCUGCCCCAGUUCGAGGAGCGCAUGCGCUUCUAUGAGUGGGAGAAGCGCGACGGCCACACCGUCAUUCGCAUUGUGACGUCCUGGGCUACCGAUGAGACUCAGGUCGAGAAGCUGAAUCAGUGGGUGCGCCAGGUGCGCGAGGUGCGGGCUUGAUGGCUGGCUGUUGGGCCCCUGACCGGGUAUCCCGGUGGGAUUGCAUAGUUCUGUUAUGAAGUAAUAGUAGAGAGUAUUAAUGAUAAUGAGUCAUGACUGUCAUUGUGUGUUGGUUUUGUC